AUCCACUCUCUGUAAAAUAAUUAGAUAUGAACUGAAAAACAAAGUUGUAGUGUUGUUAACAUAAAAGUUUUGGGCAUUACCUCAAAAAGGGGCAGAUGUGAGAAUGUGAGGGGGCACUACAGUAUCACAUGGACUUAGAGGGAUUACACGAUUCAGGAUGGGUUUGUGACAUAAAUUCCCAAGAAAGACAGAAAUGACAGUAGAGUGGUGAGGAGACAAACACUGAGUUGCUCCAUCAGUCUUUGUUACAUCUCCAUCCUACCGCUGGCCACGAGGAUUAAAGACAAGUGCAGCUGAAGAGGAACGGGUCAGAGAUGCUCUUCCUGGAGGAGGAAAACUGGUGACACAUACAGAGGGAAAAGAUGAUGAGGCCAGUGACACGGAGAAUCUGUUCAAGAUGGAGCAACUAAAAUCUAGUACUUAAGGAGCUUUUUGAUUAAGGGCUUUUGACCGAGGCAGAGAUAACAGAGGAUUGAAGGCUCAGAGGACUGCAAGAAGUGCAAGGUUUUUCUUUACCGUGGUAGGUCUUUGACCUGGAGUAGGACAGCGGUAUUUGGUAGGUUCUUGUCACUCAUUAUUUUAAUGUAAACAGCUAAAAUCAGGCAACUAUAAGACUUAAACAACUGCUUUGAUCACUCAUCUUAAAGGGAAUCAUUUGCUACAAACGGUUCCCAUUUCCAUACGUGAUGAAUGCAUAAGACGGUUAGAGAUUUCAUUGCAGGAGAUUUAUAAACUUAUAUAAUAAACAGCUUUGACACAUUUCACUACUGAAUGUUGGUUAAAUACCUCCAUAAUUUGAAAAAACUGUAGAUGGAAAAAAACCCUGAUAAUAUAAUUGUUUAUGUUGGGAUUCAGUUCUAGAUGAAAAAUGACAUUUUCAUAGUUUCUUGAAAAAUAUGUGUGAAUUGCUUGCUGUUGCUAGAAUCUUGUCAGUACUAGUCCACACUUUAUUGUAAAAUAAUGGGUCAAUAAUAAGUUAUCUUUCUGGCUGUGUAACCCAGACUGAAGAAUAAUGUUUUUAUUUAAUUUUUACAUGACAGAUAUUGUCCAUGUGCUUUUACUGUACCUACAAAAAUAAACUAGAAGCAACUCAGUAACUGUCAAGUUGUUGCAGUUAAAACCUGGAGUGUUACAGCAUCAGUAAUUGUUUUUUACAAGUUGUACACAUGUAUUUCCCUGUGUUUCCAGGACUGUGGGCUGACAGUGCAUGAGUGACUGAGGGAUACAACUGACAUGGGUCCAGCCGUGGAGUUGACGAUGAGAAGCAGGGUCAGGCCUGAGUGUGAAGCAGGGAGCCAGUAGCCUGAGACACAGGGCAGCACAUAUUCUUUUAUAACACCAUAAUAACAAGUGUAAAACUAAUAAGACCUUGGUCACAAUCAUGGCUCUUAAAAAUUCUAGAAACACUCAAGAAAAGUAAAUGGCAGCAUUUUGACAAUUUGGUUUUUGUCUUUGCUCCAUUCGACGGUUACAUUUGACUUGUUUAAGGAUGUCCUCUACCUCUUCUUCACAUACACAGUUUUUAAUGAUAAGGCGUGGUAUUUAUAAAUGAUGUCAUGCUUUUUCAGUAGUAGUCCGGCUGGUUAAAUAUUUACCCACAGAAGGGUCUGCAAGUGUUGAGGUCAUUGUAGUCAUCGUUAGUGAAAUGAUAAUGGCCACAUCAUUUGUCCCAGAGAUCAAUAGCAGGAUGUCACAUCAAAGCUGUUUGUGCAGCAUACUGUUACAUCCUCACAUCCGUCAUGUCUUUCCUACUGUGAACUACUGACUAUCUAAAUCCUCUGAUGCUCAUUUUUUAUUGUUCCAUCUGUCCUCUCCCACGUGUAUCAACUUAAGAGCAUCUUAGCCUGCUCACCACCCUCCCGCUCUCUUCGUUCCUCGUUGUGACUUCACAGCAUCUUUUUGUUUUGUGAUCUUCUCUCCGUGCUGUUACAUCACAUUUAUCUGUGCUUUUCCAUUUAAAACAAGCCCAAAGCAUCUGUCCUUCCUUCCCCCCUUGGCUCAAUCCGUGACUAUUUACGCUGUCCGUCCUGUUUGUCUUAUUUCCACGUGCACUCUCCUCCACCUUCUGCUCUCUCUGCCUCGUUUUCUCUUUUUUCUCCCCCUCCUCUGACUCUCUCUAACCACCCCCCCUGCCUCCCCCCGUCUCUCGCGUGGCCAUGCUGGAGCAAAUGUCCCGUCGCUCCCGCUCCCUGCUCUCUUUGACCUUGACCACUCUGGCUCUGGCCCUCUCCAUCCUGGCUCUCUGCACCUCCUACUGGUGUGAGGGCAUCCACAAGGUGGUCAAGCCUCUCUGUCUGUCCCCUGUCAAAAUGAAGAACUGUGGUCAGAACAACAGCGAGCCUUACACCACAGAGAGUCCCACUCAGAACCCCUUCAACCGCACACUGUCUCCAGCCAGGAGAGAUGAACUGGCCAAGAUCAGACAGAGGCAAAUGGCCAACGCAGUGCACUACAUCUGGGAGACGGGCGAGGACAAGUUUGCUUUCAGAUACUUCCACACUGGCUUCUGGGAAAGCUGUGAGAAACACAACGAUGGAGAGAUAUGUCGCAGCUUUAUAGAGUUAACCCCCGGGGACACACAAGGUGAGCUGUGUAUCACUGUAAUAUGUGACUAUGAAUAUGUGAAUCUUUUGGCCAGGCAGUGUAUACAAUGCACAAUAAUCCUAUAUCUCUGACCUCAUCUACAAUUGAACUUGUUAUUUACUCAUCCUGGACUUUGGUAACAGUUUUCUUUUUUCCUGUUUGUGUUGGUUUCACCUUCUUCAAAUGUAGGUCUUCUUGGUAUGGUAGCCCACAUGAUGUUCACCACGGUGUUUCAGAUGACAGUCAUUGUGGGCCCCAAAGACUGGAGGCCUCAGUCCUGGGAUUACGGCUGGUCAUUUGCUCUUGCCUGGGUGUCCUUCAGUUGCUGCAUGGGCGCAGCUGUGGUCACACUCAACUCCUACACAAAGACUAUCAUCGAGCUGCGUCGCAGACAGAGGCUGCGACUGGAAGAAGCGAGAACCGCCAGUCACGCCCCAGCCUAUGACAAGGUCGUUCCAGGGGGCGGGAUCUACUCUGUCAGUGGCCUGUUACAGUGUCCAGAAGGCAUGAUCGAUGUGGCGUGGGCCCGGAAUGGCAGCAUGGUUGGAAUGGGAAACGGCGAUGUGCCAACGCUGGUGUUGGUUGGAGGCUGCGGGACAGAGGGGUGUGAAGACUGUGAAAGAGAGAUGGAUGAGAUGGACGAGGUCGUGGACCGAGUUGAUUCCCCUUGUUAGGGAAAUGGUUGAAUUUGAACUGAAAAAAGAAAGACACCUUUUCUUUCACUUUGACUUUCAGCGAGCUUGGAAAAUAGGACAAUGAAAUCAAAAUGAAGAGGACAUUGUAACAGUGAUGAUUUCUCCGUGCCUCAUGAUAGGAAAGAAUAUUUGCCUCCAUAUGUAUACUUUUUAUUGUAAAACAUCAAGAUGACAUGUCAUGUCGUGUGAUAUCAGUUUUAUUAUAUAAACAUAAUGGAUGUUUCUUUACACAACAGCACAGCCUAUCUUUAAAAUAUGCAAAUGCACUUUUCAUUUAUUUCAUUUAUAGUGUCAGAGUCAACAUAUCUUCUCACUCUAUGACAGUCAUUUGACAAAUUCUGAUGUAGUGCAUGAAUCCCAGAAGUUGGUGACAUAUGCAGCGUCUCUACAGAUGCACAGACAAACCCGUUAGACAGACAUAUAGAGAUAGAAAGAUUACAGAGAUUGUGAAGAGUCUGCUCUCUGAUGUUGAACAGAAGAUUAUGUGAAACGCAGUAAUCCCGAGUUGGAUGGAAGAAGGAGGAGGAACAGAGUGAAGGGAGAUGGAAAGCAUGUGAAGGGAUGGAGAGGGAGAGGAGUGGGGGUUUGUGUCGGGGUCAGCGUGAAAGUUGGAAAGAAACACAGACCAAACUGCAGACACGCCAUGACACCAUCACAAAUCCACAUGUUUAUCUUUACAUUAUGUAGGAAACAAUUUCUUUAGUUGGAACAAAAGUUUAACCACGUUUACCUUAAAUAAUUGUUAGCUAUACAUACGGGAUGAUCCUAGAUUUAUUGUCUGGGAUAAAGACAACUGAAAAUUAAGACAUAAAGUGCAAUGUAUGUCAACCAGCAGUGCUGAAUGACAAACAUAUUAUACAAUAUGUUUCUAAGUCAAAGAUGAAUUGAUUCUUCUCUGAUCACACACGUAUGAGCAAACCUUUGAUUUAUUGUGAAGUGUACAGAACACUACACCUUCUAACAAGACAUUUCAAAUGAUGUAUAAAAACCCUUAAUACGCUACAAUCUGGUAUAAUACCUUUGUAAUUAUCAUUAACUCAGAGCCUGUUCAUGUUUUAAAACACUAUGCCAUUGUUUACCUCUAUUAAUCUCUAUUUAUUUAAUAUACACCAGUCACAACAUAAAACCACCAGUGACUGAAUUUAAUGUUGUGGCUGAUCCAUUUGUUUUUUGUUUUUUUUACUUAAUCAAAUCAUAAAGAAAUGGAAAAUAACUGAACCUACAAAAUAAGUUUCACAUCACAUCGUUGAUGGUUCAGAAUUAACUUGAAACUCAGAUAUUCAACGAUGACAUUAAUUCAAGAAAUUUCACAUAAACGAAAAUGACUGAGAUAUUGGUUGCAACCAAGACACUGCAGAAACAAGUAUUUACACAAUGGA